AUGGUGGUGGAUGACGAUGAAAAGAAAGAUAUGUGUCCGAUCUGUAAGACAGAUCGAUACCUGUCGCCCGACAUGAGGUUUCUAGUUAAUCCUGAGUGCUACCACAAGAUUUGCGAAUCUUGUGUAGAUCGAAUAUUCAGUUUGGGACCAGCACAGUGUCCGUAUGAAGGUUGCGACAAGAUUUUAAGAAAGAACAAAUUCAAGACUCAGGUUUUUGACGACGUCAAGGUAGAGAAAGAGGUGGACAUCAGAAAAAGGGUCUUCAACGUGUUCAACAAGACACUUGACGACUUUGACGGUGAUUUGCAAGCCCACAAUAAGUAUCUUGAAGAAGUCGAGGACAUCGUCUACAACCUGGAUAAUGGGAUCGAAGUUGCCAGCACAGAGGAAAAACUGCGUACUUAUGAGGAACUGAAUAAGCAAUUAAUCAUGGCUAACAUCAAGCGGAGUCGACAAGACCUGGAUAGUUUCGAGCAGCGACAGAAGUUUGAGAAAGAGAUGAAACUGAAAAAGCGGCAGCUGGAGCGGCAAAUCGAGGAGGAAGAGCUUGCCAACCGCGAGUGGGCGCGCAGAGAGAUCAUUAACCAGAUUUCCACCGCAGAGGACCCCGAAGAUGUGAUAGCACACGUCAAAAAGACGGUAAAACUGAAAAAGUCAUCUGCACGGCGGAAACUGGAAGAUCUCAAUAAAGUGCUGAAGAACAAUCCUUACAUGACGGUGUCAAACGGACUGAUGAAGAAAAAAGAUGUGAAGCCUUUCACGCCCUUCAACGGGGACAGGGAAUUACACAAGCGGUACGUACUUUCUGAGUCCCACUACGACGAUCCUUUCAUCAAGUCCUUGCAGAGCAAGAAGGAAUACAUUGCGUCGGGCUUUCGUGCCGAUCUCAUAUACGAUCGUAUGCUGACAGAGGCAUUCAUGGGACUGGGCUGCAUAAUAUCGGAGGAAAUGCAAACCACACAGCUGAGCAGUGUGUCUUGA